AUGGACUCUUUGGGUCUUUUUAUCCUUCUAAUGCUUCUGUGUUUCCAGUGGACAACUGCCCCUGCUGGUAAGGAAGCAACCUGGACCUACACGGGUUUGGUAGGUCAGUCCGAGUGGUCGCAGUAUUUCCCUGAAUGCGCUGGCACUUCCCAGUCCCCCGUUGACGUGGUGACCACACAGACUAAAUAUGAUCCCAGUUUGUUGCCUCUGACUCCACUGGGCUACAGCCAGCACGGCAACAAACCCUUCUCUCUGUACAACAAUGGACACACAGUGGUCAUUAAGCUGCCGGAGUGGAUGGGACUGGGGGGGCUGCCCUGGCUCUAUACAGCUGUUCAAAUGCACCUGCACUGGGGCAGCGGCGGCCCGAGUCACGGGGGCGCUGAACACACCAUCAACGGACAGAGUGCAGAUGCAGAGCUACAUGUGGUGCACUACAACUCUGAGCUCUACCCCGACAUGUCCACAGCAAUGAUGCAAAGUGACGGCUUGGCUGUUUUAGGAAUACUCAUUGUGACAGGUGAGGAGACCAACACGGCAUUUAACAACAUCCUCAACUACCUGAGUCGCAUCCGACAUGCUGAUCAGAAGGUGUUCAUCCCAGCCUUUGACAUCCAGUCCCUGCUCCCUAAAGAUCUGGGGCGCUACUAUCGCUACAAUGGCUCCCUAACAACGCCGCCCUGCUACCAGAGUGUGAUCUGGACACUGUUCAAUGAGAGGGUUCAAAUCUCACAGACUCAGCUGCUGAAGCUGGAGACGAUACUUUAUUCCAGUAAAUCUGAAGAGUCUGACAGGAUGCUGCUGCAGGACAACUACCGCGCGACACAGCUGCUCAACCACAGGGUCGUCUUCGCCUCCUUCAGUGCAGAAUCGGGGAAGGAGCUCUCUUCUGGUGAAGUCACAGCUAUAGUGAUAGGAGUGAUGUGUGGCUGUGUGGGUCUGGCAGUAAUCAUUCGCUUCAUCGUGAAGACGAUACGAUUUUUUACACUCCUGCACCGUGAAUCAGUUGUGGUAAACAGCUCUACCUCUAGCUGGGACGUCCUACCCAGUAACCGGCCUGCUCCCAUGUUAAGGAUGAAGGAGCCAGAGAAAGGGAAAGAGAAAAAGCAAGACAUGGCUCUGAAAUCGACCUCUGAAGCAGAAAAGAAAGAAGAGCCCUCACCGUCUCCUCAGACUGAGCCGUAGCUGACUGUCACACACCUCACGUUUGGUUCACUUCAGAGCUUCAGUCCAGACACACACACAAAACACUCUUCUUCCCUCUUGCCAAUGAUGUUAUCUCUGAUCCCUGUCUCCCAGGGGGACAGAAAGCAACCGAAAAAACAUUUUAUUUAGUAAACUGAACGCAGGAUAAAUCACCUGCUGCCCCGAUCACUUUUUUUCCCACCUACAUUUAGUGAUGUUGGCAGUUUUGGUAUCAGACAUUUAUUUCCUUCAAUUUGCUCGUGAAUAAUGGAUGUGAAGACGACAGUUUGCUGGCUCUGAAGCGUACGUGUGCUCUUGCAACGUCUGAGAUGCAUGAUUGGUUCAUGUAAAUACUUUGUAAAAUAUAUUUUGUUUUGUUCGUUUCACGUUUGGCCGUUAUUUCAUCUUCCUGCCUUGGAACACAAGCACACUGCACUGAGAGACUUAUAAUAUAUUAGAAGUAUUUACCUGUGAAAUUAUACCCGAUGUAAUAUUAUUUUCUUUGGCCCCUGGACUUGAGCAUUGACACAGAUGAUGUCCUAUGAAAUGAAAAUCUAUGAUGAAGGUUUUAAGGGAUUUUUAAGUGCUAAGUAUAAACUGAUGCUGUCCAAACAUUAUGUCUCUGAACUCAACUUAGCGCAUUAUACUGUAAAUGGAUGAGUUAUAUUUAUGUACAUGUGUUCAUUCUAUUGGAAACGGUGUUUCUGUGUGCCAUAUAGCAUCUUUGUCUUUGUUUUUAUUUUGCUGUAUAUAACUCGUCAACGUGGGCACCUCAUUAAAAUACUUGAAUGGCAA